UGAGUUGGGAGGUGUAGAGCUGCGCCGUUUACUUUCACCCGCACUUUCCCUCUGUACAGCAUCCGAACAACAUGCAUCUAGUCCAGAUCUGCUUCGUCGUCGCUCUCAUGAUGGGCAUCUCCGGCGUGUUCUGUGCGCCUCAAGCCACGAAAAGACCGGAGAUCUCUGAAGAUGCCCUCGAAAUGGCCCUAAGUGAUAAACGCUACCUCAUGAGACAACUGAAAUGCGCCCUUGGCGAAGCCCCCUGCGAUCCCGUCGGAAGGAGACUCAAAAGUUUGGCACCGCUCGUGUUGCGCGGUUCGUGCCCGCAGUGCACCCCGAUGGAGAUGAGGCAGAUCCAGAAGGUCCUCGCACACGUCCAGAGGAAUUUCCCGAACGAAUGGAGCAAAGUCAUCAAUCAAUACGCGGGGUAACUUCGUGAUACAACGAACGUGCGGGAAUUAGUUUAGCUGUAUUUAUUCAAACACCGAAUUAGAAGGAAUUUAACUAUUUAAGUGCACACACACACAACUGACAUUUAAGUACACUUAAUGUAAAUAUACACUUCUCUUCGCAUUCGCUCUCUCUUCUUAAAACGUUAAUUUAAAGAUGUUUACAUAGUAAUUAUUUGAUAAAUAUCUCAGUGUUAAAAUCGGCUAAUUAUUACAAGUACAUUUGACUUGCGAUGUAACGAGUAACGUGUGUAGUCGACUUAAAACUAGAUGUUUUUUUUUUCAAUAAUCUUGUAAGCUAUUCAUUUGGAAAAUAAAAUUUAC